AUGCGCCCCGGACGCUGCUGGCCCUGGGCCAGGGGCCGUGCUGCUGCCCUGCUGCUCCUGCUCGCGGCCCUCUCCUCCCACCCCGCGCUCGGGGAAAGGGGGCGGAAGAAGGUCGUCCACGUGCUGGAGGACGACAGCGGGGCCGUGGUGGUGCAGACGGCACCGGGGAAGGUGGUGACGCACCGGGGCGGCACCAUCAUCCUGCCCUGCCGCUACCACUACGAUGUGUCGGCCCACGACCCCGACGAGAUCCGCCUCAAGUGGACCAAGGUGACGGAGCCCAUGGCCUUCGUGGAUGUCUUCGUGGCCAUGGGCAAGGAGCGCCGCGCCUUCGGGAGCUACCGGGAGCGCACGGCCCUGCAGGAGGAUGGCCCCGGCGAUGCCUCCCUCAUCAUCCGCAACGUCACGCUGCAGGACUACGGGCGCUACGAGUGCGAGGUCACCAACGAGCUGGAGGACGACGCUGGCAUGGUCAAGCUGGACCUGGAAGGUGUGAUUUUCCCCUACCACCCGCGCCUCGGGCGCUACUCUCUCAACUACCACGAAGCGCAGCAGGCAUGCCUGGAGCAGGACGGCAUCCUCGCCUCCUACGACCAGCUGCACCAGGCCUGGCUGGAGGGCCUGGACUGGUGCAACGCGGGCUGGCUGGACGACGGCUCCGUGCAGUACCCCAUCUCCCGGCCCCGGGAGCAGUGCGGCCGCAAGGACACGCCCGUGGGCGUCCGCAAUUACGGCUACCGGCACAAGGACGAUGAGCGCUACGAUGCCUUCUGCUUCACCUCCAACCUCAACGGCAAAGUCUACUUCCUGAAGACCUACCGCAAGCUGAGCUACCCCGAGGCCGUGCAGGCCUGCAAGGACAACAGGGCAGUGGUGGCCAAGGUGGGGCAGCUCUACGCCGCCUGGAAGAUCCAGCUGCUGGACCGGUGCGAGGCCGGCUGGGUGGAGGACGGCAGCAUCCGCUACCCCAUCGUCAACCCCCGGGUGCGCUGCGGGGGCCGUGAGCCCGGCGUCCGCAACCUGGGCUUCCCGGACAAGAAGUACAAGCUGUUCGGGGUCUACUGCUUCAAGAAGGCGGGCGAGGUGGCCCCCAAGCAGGUGUCCAGCAAGGGGAGGCCUCUCUGGGUGUGAGGGGCAGGGGCUGU